AUGGCUGGAGAAGGUGAAGAGGAUGUACCUAGGGAUGCUAAGAUUGUGAAAUCUCUGCCUAAGUCGAUGGGUUUGGAGGACUGCGAGCCUCGUGUGAUACACCAGUUUCUGGAGCUAUGGUACCGGUAUGUGGUGGAAGUGUUGACAGAUGCUCAGGUUUACUCAGAGCAUGCUAGCAAAUCCAACAUUGAUUGUGAUGAUGUGAAGCUCGCUAUUCAACCCAAAGUUAAUUUCAGUUUCUCUCAGCCACCUCCAAGAGAGGUGUUGGAACAAUUGAGUGGUCAGACUCCUGUCUUCUCCAAAGCUCGAUACACUGUUCGUUCUUUUGGUAUCAGGGGAGAGAAGGCAAUGCAGCUUCUUGAGAGUGGACUGAAGGUUAAAGAAUACAAACUCUUGAGAAGGAACUUUAGUGACACUGGUUGCUUUGGUUUUGGUAUUCAGGAGCACAUUGAUUUGGGUAUCAAGUAUGAUCCAUUUACUGGAAUCUACGGUAUGGACUUCUAUGUUGUUCUUGAGAGACAUAGUUACCGUGUGGCACGUCGCAGAAGAUGCAAGGCUCGUGUUGGAAUCCAGCAUAGAGUGACCAAAGAUGAUGCCAUGAAAUGGUUCCAGGUGAAGUACGAAGGAGUCAUUCUCAACAAGUCUCAGAACAUUACCGGCUAA